UUUGAACCGUGGCGGGCGCUGCGAGCUGCCGGCCGUGCUGCCGAUGGAGCCCGCACUGAAAGGUGUUUCUGCCUUUGUAGAAGUUUGGUCAUCUAACGGAACAGAAAAUUACUCAAAAACCUUCGAACAGCAGCUUCUUGAUAUGGGAGCAAAAGUUUCAAAAACUUUGAACAAGCACGUCACCCAUGUAGUCUUCAAAGAUGGACGUUUGACUACAUGGAAGAAAGCACAGAACAUCGGUGUAAAAAUAGUUUCUGUACUCUGGGUGGAAAAGUGUCGAGAAACUGGAGCCCAUGUUGAUGAAUCCCUAUUUCCUGCAGUAGACACUAAUGAAGGAUUUCUACUACCAAUCAAAAAACACAAAUGUAUGCAGCCAAAAGACUAUGUUGAAAAAACUCCAGAAAAUAAUAAAAAGCUUCAAAAAAGACUGAACCAAAUGGCUAAAGAGUUAGCUCUACAGAAGACUGCAGUUAAUACUGAUGCAGAUGUACCAGUUUUAUUAUUUGAAGACAAUGGUUCACUUAGAUACAGCCCUGUUAAUAAGAUAAAAGACCAAUGCAAUGAAAUGGAAAGAAGAAUAAAGGAUAUGAAGGAAAAAAGAGAGAAUCUUUCUCCGACUGCUUCACAAAUGACUCAAACACUUCCAAGUACUUCACCAGGAGACUGCCCACUUUCUACUUGCAUCUUAACUAAUUCAGAAGAUGAGCUGCUACCUGAAGAACAAAUGGAAGACUGCUUGAACUCCAGUUGUGAUUAUCUUUGGAGAAAUGAGCCGCUAAAGAGACCGAGAACAGAGGCAGCAGAACAUGCCUGUUCUUGGACUGAUAUUCAUAUUUCCAUGAGCACAUCAGUGAACUCUCCAUCACAUGGCAAUGAGGAGAAGACAUUAACACCAAAACAACGUACCAGAAGUUUAACAAAGAACCAGAUUAUACAGCCUACUUUGGAUGACAGAUUGGAUUUAGGAGAAAAACAUUUAAAUUUUCCAAAGAAAAAUCAAAAGAGCAAGACUACUUCAAUUGCAAAUGAAAGUUCUCUUCUUGAGGGCUUUGGUCAUAUUACUCCUUCCAAAACAAUAGUCCAAUUAAAUACUGUUCCUGCUUUGAUUGACAGUCUCUCUAAUUUCCCUGUGAAUAGUGGCGACUUAAAUGAAUAUUCACUGAAUAAAAGCUUCCCUGCUGACAGAAAUGAUUCUGUUCUUGAAGACAAGAAGAGAAAGAAACUACAAACAUUACCAAGUUUGAAGCUGGCUACCUCAGAACUGGGUGCAUCAGACUCUAUGGGGUUCUUGCAAGAAAUUACUACUUAUAGCAAGUCUUGUUGCACUGAGGAGGCUUCAUAUGAAGACUACUUUUCAUCAUGUAAUUCAAAUGAAAAUGAAGUACAGAUACAAGUACCAAAGGAAUCACAGAAUCCUCCUGAAGUUUGUUGCAAAGACUCUUCUACAAGCAUGGACCUACAUGAUGUGAGUUUCUGUGAGCCACAUAACACUACUAAGAUAAAUAGGAAGAUGUCUAUUUCAGUAAAUGAUUUUCCAAUAAGGCAAAAAAUCAAAUCAGCUAAACAUCCAGGAAGCAUAUCAUUAAAUAUAUCAGGUGGUGAAAAAGAUGACUCUGGAGAAGCUCUAGAUGCUGAUGAUGGGAGCAGGCUGCCACAGCAUGAAAAAUCCUACAACUGUAUAAAUGACUGUGCUCACACUGCUGGUGGUGAAGAGGAAGUUUCGGAGUGUCACGUUACUGAUACCUCUUGCAAAAUGUUUAAUGAGCAGAAGAAUAAGCACACUGGGGGCUUAAAAAAAGCUGGAAGACUCCAAAAGCCAACAAGGACGCUAGUUAUGACAAGUAUGUCUUCUGAGAAGCAAAAUACAGUAAUUCAGGUUGUGAAGAAACUUGGAGACUUUUUGUUCUCAAAUGAAGUGUGUGAAACAACAAGUCAUGUAGUUACUGGGAGUCCUCGUCGUACCUUGAAUGUUAUGCUGGGAAUUGCUCGUGGGUGUUGGAUUGUUUCUUAUGAAUGGGUUCUGUGGUCUUUGGAAUUAGGCCAUUGGAUCUCAGAGGAACCAUAUGAGCUUUCAUCCAGCUUCCCUGCAGCUCCUAUCUGCAGGCUUCAGCGUCAUCUCUCAAUAGGAAAAUACCAGCAGAAUCUCUUUUCAAACCAGCCUGUCAUGUUUGUAUCUCCUACCAGUCAGCCCCCCUGCAAAAAGCUGAUUGAACUUAUACAGCUGGCAGGAGGGAAAAUAUGCAAAGCCUUACGUCAGGCAAAAAUCUGUAUAGGCAGAAAACCAGGAAAGAAGUACCAGGAAAUAAUAUCUUUAUCAGAAAAAUGGAUAUUAGAUUCAAUCACUCAGUAUACAAUAUGUCCUAUGGAAAACUACAUUUUUCAGAUGUGA